UCAUUCUGAGCCCCGAAAACCUUUAGGAGGAAUCUUGCUAUUGCAUGUGAGACUGAGAGUUCGUUUCUACUUUAGGUUUUCGAACUGUAGGAACCACAGCAUUAGAGCUUAUCAAAGAUCUGCUUCCUUACUUUCUUUGUUGCUUCCUUAAAUCAGACCUCAGUGAACAUCAUGACAGAUACUCCUGUGACACUGAGUGGGACAGAGUGCAAUGGGGACAGACCACCUGAGAAUGGCCAACAGGCUAGCAGUCAAACCAGGAAGGAGACAACUGAUGCAGAUGAGACCCAGCCAUACUACAGGGUUGAACCCAGUCUUGAAGAUUUACCUGCAAAAAAAAAUCAAGAAGAAAGUGGACACAUGAAAGGGAACAUCCUACCUAAAGGGUUUGAAGAGGAGAAGAUUCUCAAUGAAAACCCAGAAGAGAACGUCUUCGUUGUUCACCAGGCCAUCAAAGAUCUUUCUCUCCAAGAAAUAAGUGCAGAAGACAUGGCUUUCCGAGAAGGGCAUCCGUGGAAGAAGAUUCCUCUGAACAGCAGCAACCUGGAAGUGAGUAGACAGAAGGAAAGAAUUGCCCACCAACAUCUAGAGCUGAGAGAGGAUGAGAGCAUAGCCCGCCAGGCAACUGAAAUCGAAUGGCUGGGGUUCCAGAAAUCUCGUCCAGUUGACAUCUUGCAUUCUAAGUGUGACGAGGAAAAAGAAGAAGAAGUGUGGAAUGAGGAGAUAAAUGAGGAAGAUGUUGAUGAGUGUGCUGAAGAGGAAGAUGAAGUUCGAGUAAUAGAAUUUAAGAGAAAACACAGAGAAGGUUCUCCAUUAAAAGAGGAAAGCCUUGCAAGGGAGGACUCCCCACUAGGCAGCCCCAGCUCCCAACCAGGGACCCCAGAUGAGCAGCCAGUGUUCGGAAAGAAGGGAGAUAUCGCCAGGAAUUCUUAUUCCAGAUACAACACGAUAUCCUAUCGGAAAAUCAGGAAAGGCAACACCAAACAGAGAAUUGAUGAGUUUGAGUCAAUGAUGCACUUAUAGACUAACGGGGACUGAGGAAUGUCGGGAGUGUUAAAGAAAAGCUAACUUCUAACUUCCUUCCGCUGAGAUGUCUUCAGCUGCCUUAUUUGCAAGAUGUGCAAGCUUAAUGUCUUCCUCACCUUAAAGCAACAUGGAAAUAACCAUAGACAAAACUCAUUUGGGUAACUUCAAACCAAUGAGCUUUAGAUUCAUUCCUGGGUUUUUGCUUUAAAAAAAGAAAAAGAAAAAAAGUUAACUGAUAUAGCAUCAGGUAAGCAUUGUCACAGAGCCAAGCCUGGUAGAAUUUGUCUUUAAAAGCAGCAAUAGAGCCAAGACAAGGGAAAGAGAACAGUAGACAUGACUCUCAUCAUUCUCUUGGUAUAUAUUUUUUUUCUUUUUCGGGCCAAUGAGAAGCCUAAAGUUAAACCCCACCUCCAUCAAACAUGGUUUUUAUAGAUUUUGACUUUUUUUUCUUUUCUAAUUAUUGUAAAAAAAUAUUAUAUCUUAAGUCAGUUUCCUUGGCAUCUACUGAGUAAAAAUUCAGCACAUAUCCAUUCUAGGUGCAACUGUUCAGUGAAUUUCCUCACUAAAAGGCUAAGCAAUUGUCAGCCAGAAUUCUGUUUGCUGAGUGCCUGUGCUGGCUUUAUGCUUUCCACAUGAAUUAAAUCAAUUGUGAAGUUGAUCCAGAGAGAGCCUAGAUGACUGGGGAGCCAUUGAGAAGGGAAUUGUAUUGGAUGAUGGCUUUUAUUUUUGUUACUGAAAACAAAGUCUUGUCUAGAGCAAUGAAAAUCAUUAAAAGUAAAAAUGGUAAUUUUAGCACAAUUUUAAGAAAAUGCCCUACUUCAUUACCACACUUUCUUGUAUUAGCAGUAUCUUAAAGCUGUUUUUAUUUUUCUUAGAAAUGAGAGACACUGGCAGUCAUAACUGUACUAGUUACUAUGAAAAUGGAAAAAUAAUUAUCUUAGACUAUUUUAGAAAUAGGGUUUGAGCAUAUAUUUUUAGAGGAAAAGCUGAUAGUUGUAGGGAAUAUAUGAUUUAUUGGACCAACGCCCAAAUCAAGAAGCUUAAAACUGCACCUGUGGAGUGUCACCCGAGCCAACACGUCAAAUAAUGCACUGAAUAUUUAUGAAAAGGGUAUAUUUAUACUCUUGGAUAGUUUUCUCCACAAAUUUUCAUUUCGUGAUUCUGUAUACAUUGCCCUGAACUUUCUGUGAUCACAGAUUAAAAAUAUCUUUUGGUUCCAAAUAGAAAGACAAUUCUUUAUUGUCUGACUGUAAUACAGCCUUCAUUGUGCUAUUCAUCCCGUUGUUUGCUUCACUCUGUCUGUGUAAAAGCCAGGGUUAUUCCCGCUUAGAUGAUUGCUUAUUUAUGUGUAACAAAUCCCACACAAUCUCAUGGCAACUUCCUUAAUUCCUCCUGGUCAUAUAAUAUAUUUCCAUAGUAUCGUAUACUAUUAUGGAGUUGAAUUAACAUGCUUCUUUUAUUCUUCAAAGCAAUUCUUUACAACCUGACCAUGUAAAAGAUCUGUUACCCCUAGAGUGUUGAGCCUGCUGAUUUCAUUUAGGACAAAUGUGCAUGUUCUGAAUUAAAUGAGAGAAAUGUUGUCUUUAUUGAUAACGUUGGCUAGGAGAUUGAUGGACUGGCACACUUUCCUAUUUGAUUUAGAGCCUUUGAUUAUUCUAUAGAGACAACCUGUGCUUUCCUGGAUCCCUGAUGAGUUCUGCCAUUUUCUACUUAACUUCAAAGCCCAGUUUUAGGUAACAGAACUACACUGUUGAUCUACCCACGUGACAGUUGUUUUGUUAGAUGGAGAUGAUGUGUUACUCUGGAGCUUACAUGAGAUAGAUAGCAUAUAGUUAAAGGUUGUGACAAAACUAUUAGUUUCUAUGGUACUCCAUAACCUCAAACUUUUUCCAUGGGGUCCUUUUAUUACAAAAUUAAACAAUUAUGAAACA